AUGAGCCCUUUAUUAUGUUGUACAUCGAUGAUGGUGCUGCUCGUGGCGUUCCUGCAGGUAAAUACGGUCACCGCGAACAGCAAGUACAUCUACGGCGACUCGGAAGAGCUCGACGAACGGUACCAGGAAAUUCUUCAACACCUCAAGGAGGCGGCCCACUCGGGUUCGCCGGUGCACUCGAGCGUGUCGGAAAAGUCCAAAACCGUGCCCGUGCCAGUGUUCCAGAAGGUCGGCGUCCCCGUGCCACAUCCGGUGCCGAUAGCCGUACCGCACUACGUGAAGGUGUACAUUCCCCAACCCUACCCGCUGCAGGUGAACGUGGAGCAACCCAUCAAGAUCCCGAUCUACAAGGUGAUCCCGAAGGUGAUCGAGAAGCCCGUCCCGUACACCGUGGAGAAGCCGUACCCGAUCGAGGUGGAGAAACCGUUUCCGGUGGAGGUGCUGAAGAAGUUUGAAGUGCCCGUCCCGAAGCCCUUCCCGGUACCGGUCACCGUGUACAAGCAUAUUAUGCAAAACGAGAAAACUCACCGCAACUGGCAUUACUGA